AGCGGGUGUCAGCGGGGAGUCAUGAAGAGGAGUGGCACACCAGUGUGGGACAGAAGGAGCUACAGGCCCCCUCCCACAUUAAAGAGGAGCAGCUUCAUGAUGAAGAUGAAGCUCAGUCCUUACAGCUUCAUCACAGUCAAAGUGAGGAGAACAGAGGGGCGGAGCUUGUAAGUCAACACAUCACAGAAGCUGAUGGAGAGCAUUGUGAAGAUAUCAAGUCAGAACCAGACAGCAUCUUUGCUCCACUGUCAGACAUGGACCACAUGAUGUCACACUCUUCUGAUCACAGUGACCACAUCCAAAAACCUUUGGAGAGUAAAAAUGACUCUAAAGGUGAUACGAGACAUCACACUAACAACAAACACUUUGAGUGCUCUGAAUGUGGGAAAUCAUUUAGAAAGAAGAGUCAUUUUACAGAACACAUGAGAACACAUACUGGAGAGAAACCUUUUGCUUGCUCAGCUUGUGCUAAAAGAUUCAAAACUAAGAAGGAAAUGAUAUUACACAUGAGAACACACACAGGUGAGCAAUCUUUUGCUUGCUCUGUUUGUAAGAAGAGUUUCUCCAGAAAGGAACACAUGACCACACACAUGAGAACACACACUGGAGAGAAACCUUUUACUUGCUCUGUUUGUAAGAAGAGUUUCUCCAGAAAGGGUGACAUGACCACACACAUGAGAACACACACUGGAGAGAAACCUUAUGCUUGCUCAGCUUGUGCUAAAAGAUUCAACACUAAGAAAGUCAUGAUCACACACAUGAGAACACACACAGGUGAGAAACCUUUUACUUGCUCUGUUUGUAAGAAGAGUUUCUCCAGAAAGGGUGACAUGACCACACACAUGAGAACACACACUGGAGAGAAACCUUUUGCUUGCUCAGCUUGUGCUGAAAGUUUCAACACUAAGAAGGAACUUAUAUUACAUGUGAGAACACACACAGGUGAGAAACCUUUUACUUGCGCCGUUUGUAAGAAGAGUUUCUCCAGAAAGGAACACAUGACCAGACACAUGAGAACACACACUGGAGAGAGACCUUUUGUUUGCUCAGCUUGUGCUAAAAGAUUCAACACUAAGAAGGAAAUGAUAUUACACAUGAGGACACACACAGGUGAGAAACCCUUUGCUUGCUCUGUUUGUAAGAAGAUUUUCUCCAGAAAGGAACACAUGACCACACACAUGAGAACACACACUGGAGAGAAACCUUUUACUUGCUCUGUUUGUAAGAAGAGUUUCUCCAGAAAGGGUGACAUGACCAUACACAUGAGAACACACACUGGAGAGAAACCUUUUGCUUGCUCAGCUUGUGCUAAAAGAUUCAACACUAAAAAGAAAAGUAUAUUACACAUGAGAACACACACUGGAGAGAAACCUUUUGCUUGCUCAGCUUGCCCUAAAAGAUUCAACACUAAGAUUGAAAUGAUGUUACACAUGAGAACACACACAGGUGAGAAACCUUUUACUUGCUCUGUUUGUAAGAAGAGUUUCUCCAGAAAAGAACACAUGACCACACACAUGAGAACACACACUGGAGAGAAACCUUAUACUUGCUCUGUUUGUAAGAAGAGUUUCUCCAGAAAGGCUGACAUGACCAUACACAUGAGAACACACACUGGAGAGAAACCUUUUGCUUGCUCAGCUUGUGCUAAAAGAUUCAACACUAAGAAGAAAAUUAUAUUACACAUGAGAACACACUCAGGUGAGAAACCUUUUACUUGCUCUGUUUGUAAGAAGAGUUUCUCCAGAAAGGAACACAUGACUACACACAUGAGAACACACACUGGAGAGAAACCUUUUACUUGCUCUGUUUGUAAGAAGAGUUUCUCCAGAAAGGGUGACAUGACCAUACACAUGAGAACACACACUGGAGAGAAACCUUUUGCUUGCUCAGCUUGUGCUAAAAGAUUCAACACUAAGAAGAAAAUUAUAUUACACAUGAGAACACACACUGAAAAGAAACCUUUUGCUUGCUCAGUGUUAGAAUAAUUAUGUAUAUAUUAUCACACUAACUUUAGUAUCCUUAAAGUCUGUUGCUUUAGUUAUUAGUUAUUGUGCUCAAGUUAGACUUUUCUAUUUGUGCAAGGACAAAAACUUCUUGUCUGAGGGGUGGCCUCAGCCACAGAUGUUAUCUUUGUUUUAGCCCGCUAACAGCCAAGGACUUCAAGGACCUCAACGAAGAUAAGACGACAACACGCAGACGAAGCAGAGACUUGAAGGACCUCA